UUGAUUUUACUUGUCAAAAUGGCGUUGCUCAUCGUAGGGAACUGGAGUUAGUUACAUUAUUCAGUAACAUAGUCAUUUCCUCUUCGGCCACGGACAGUAUGGCGACACUGGAUCAGAAAUCCCCCAAUGUUCUUCUCCAGAGCCUCUGCUGCAGAAUCACAGGGAAAAGCGAAGCUGAAGUUGCCCAUCAAUUCCAGUAUGCAGUGCGAGUCAUUGGCAGUAACUAUGCCCCCACCAUUGAACGGGAUGAAUUUCUGGUGUCAGAGAAGAUCAAGAAAGAACUGCUGAAGCAGAGGAGAGAAGCUGAUGCUGCACUGUUCUCUGAAUUGCACAGAAAACUUCAGACACAGGGGGUUUUGAAGCAUCGCUGGUCUAUUCUCUACCUGCUGCUCAGCCUCUCCGAAGACCCUCGUAAACCUUCCAGCAGGGUUGGCAACUAUGGGGCUCUCUUUGCCCAGGCCCUCCCCAGGGACUCCCACUCUACCCCAUUCUACUGCACCCGGCCCCAGAGCCUGGCGCUGGGCUAUGGGGACAGAAGUGGUGGGUUGACGGCCAGUGUUGGAACCAGUGGAAUCUCCAGUCUGGGAGUGUACACACUAAACGGACCCUCACCAACGCCACAGUCGUUGCUGGCCGGGCAACCCCCUCAGUCUGUAGCUCAACCUCUGGGCUCCCGGCUGGCCUGGGCUCUUCCCAUUAGCUCCUCCCCUUCAUCGGCUUUAGCCCCACUGACCAACCGACUGCCCCUCGGACCUGCAGCUCCCUCCACCAGAGUGGUCCGUCCUCGUCGAGAUGGUGACACAGGAGAAGUAAGUGAGGCGGCCCUGGUGCGGGACAUCCUCUACGUCUUCCAGGGAAUUGAUGGCAAGUUCAUCAAGAUGAGUGCCCAAGAGAAUUGCUACAAAAUAGACAGCAAGGUGUUGGUGUGUAAAUCCCUGAAGGGCACCAGCAGCAGACUGGCUGAACUUGGCUGGCUACACAACAAAGUCAGGAAGUACACUGAUGCUAGAAGCUUAGACCGGGCCUUUGGGUUGGUUGGACAGAGCUUCUGUGCUUCACUCCACCAGGAACUAAAGGAGUACUACAGACUGUUGUCUGUCCUCCACUCUCAGCUACAGGUAGAGGACGACCAAGGUGUAACCGUGUGCACAGAGAGCAGCCUGACUCUCAGGAGGCUGCUGGUUUGGAUGUAUGACCCCAAAGUCCGGCUGAAAACGUUGGCCGCUCUUGUUGACUUCUGCCAAGGUCGAAAGGGAGGCGAGUUGGCCUCAGCUGUCCAUGCAUAUGGGAAAACGGGAGACCCACAGAUGAGAGCGCUGGUUCAACACAUUCUCAGCCUGGUGUCACACCCCAUCCUCAACUUCCUCUACAGGUGGAUCUAUGACGGAGAGCUAGAAGAUACCUACCACGAGUUCUUUGUAGCAUCAGAUCCCAACGUGAAGACUGAUAGACUGUGGCACGACAAGUACUCCCUCAGAAAAUCUAUGAUUCCUUCAUUCAUCACCAUGGACCAGGCCCGCAAGGUGCUGCUGAUCGGAAAAUCCAUUAACUUCCUGCACCAGGUCUGUCAUGACAGAACGCCGCCGGGCAAAAUCACGUCGGCAUCCAAGUCCACGGACACACCUAAAGAUGCUGCAGAGCUGCUGUCUGACCUGGAGGGGGCGUUUCAGGAGAAGAUCGAUGCUGCAUACUUUGACACCAGCAAAUACCUGCUGAAUGUUCUCAACCGCGACUACCUGCUGCUGGAACACCUUCAGGCGAUGAGGAGAUACCUCCUGCUCGGCCAGGGUGACUUCAUCAGACAUCUCAUGGACCUGCUCAAACCAGAGUUGGUUCGUCCUGCCACCACUUUGUACCAACACAACCUGACCGGUAUCUUAGAAACAGCUGUGAGAGCCACCAAUGCCCAGUUUGACAACGCAGAGAUCCUCAAGAGGCUUGACGUUCGCCUGCUGGAGGUUUCUCCUGGUGAUACAGGCUGGGAUGUUUUCAGUCUGGACUAUCAUGUGGAUGGACCCAUUGCUACGUUGUUCACAAGGGAAUGUAUGGGCCAUUAUCUGCGUGUGUUUAACUUCCUGUGGAGGGCCAAGAGAAUUGAGUACACAUUGACUGACAUCUGGAAAGGACAGAUGUGUAAUGCCAAGCUCCUCAAAACCAUGCCAGAGUUGUCUGGCGUGCUACACCAGUGUCACAUCUUGGCCUCUGAGAUGGUCCACUUUAUCCACCAAAUGCAGUACUACAUCACCUUUGAGGUGCUAGAGUGCUCCUGGGAUGAGCUGUGGAACAAAGUGCAGCAGGCUCAGGACCUCGACCACAUCAUCGCCGCCCACGAAGUCUUCCUUGACACCAUUAUCUCGAGAUGCCUGCUGGACAACAACACCAGGUCUCUCUUGAACCAGCUGAGGGCCAUAUUUGACCAGAUCAUUGAGUUCCAGAACGCCCAAGACACCUUGUACCGCUCUGCACUGGAGGAGCUCACCCUGAGACUGCAGUAUGAAGAGAGGAAGCAGCAGAGGGAGGAGGAGGGUCAGUGGGGAGUGACGGCUGAACAGGAAGAAGAGGAGAAGAGGAGAAUUCAGGAGUUCCAGAAAUCCAUACCAAAUUUGCGCUCCCAGUUCCGUGUUCUUACCCACUUCUACCAGAGCAUUGUCCAGCAGUUCCUGGUGUUGCUGAUGACGAGUACAGAUGAGAGUCUGCGUUUCCUUAGCUUCCGACUCGACUUCAAUGAGCAUUACAGGUCUGUCACGUCACAGGGCCAGAGAACCACGUCUGCGAGCUUCUCUAGGAGCCACCCGAGGACGACGACUGUCAAACAUCUGACAUAAAGGACACAUCGGCGCCCAUCAGAGGAGCAGCAGGGCUGUGACAUCACACUCAACAGACUUAAAAGCGCUUCAUGUCCACAUGAUGUCCUGUCUUGGAGGGGCAAUCCAGAGUUGUGACAAACGCUAUCACGGUGCCGGCAGCGGUCACCAAGUGAUGACAUCACAAUUGACAGCUCCAGGGAAGUGGGCUGAAUCACAUCUGGUCAAUCAAAGCAGGAGCGUAAACAGACUGCUUGGCAUCCUGUGCAAAUUCAGAAAAAUGUAAGGAAACGAAGAAAAGGGAAAACAAGUGUGAAUGCUGACUCUUAAUUUGCGUUGACGCUAAGUCGUGAAAAGUGUGCAGAGGUAAAAACAGAAAGCUGCCUGCACACUGACUGACACAGCAUGUCUUAUUGAGGAGUGAGAAACAACAAUGUCAGCGUGAUGGCAUAUCUACGGAAGAGUAGUGUUGCCACGGGAGAAAAAUAUCAGCGUCAUUUCUCAUUAGAACAAGGUUGUUUCUCGUUUGAAUGAUAUCGUUUGUUGUUGGAAUGAGAAGGUUUCUCAUUAGAGUGUUUCAUACCUUGAAGUUUGCUUUAUUGAUUGAUUGUUGUGGGAUGUUUACAUCAGGGAGGGAUGAGUUUGUUUGCACUGAGGUCAACAAGGAACAGGAACUGCGUUGAUGACAAAUGACUAUUGUGAUCAAUCACUGUGUCGAACAUGUUUACAAUUGAAUUUCCUGCACUUGUAAAACUUCCUCCGCAACAAUGAAUUAAUAAAACAGACUUUAAGGUAAAAACCAAUGUUGUUCUAAUGGAAGAAGAAACGGCUUUGAUAUGUUUCCUCCCCUGUGGCAGUUCUAUGCUGUCAUACAAAUCUAGUCCUAAAACGCAUAAUGUGUGUGCAUAGAGUUUAUGCAAAAAUUAAUCUUUUCAUUGGGGUUCAACUGAUAUUUAUGUGGUAUUGAUAUUUUUCAAUUUUUCUAUUUGUAGCAGACAUUAAAAGACUAAUUGGAUUCACAUUCAGUACUUUAUUCUGCAUAAGAACAUGAAGGCACUGAAAUUAUUGAUGAGCAGCGUUCUUCAUCAUAUACUAUAUUUAACAUUCAUAAUCAGUAUUGUCACAUCAAUAUACAAGUCUAAACUAAGUUUCGACUUGUAUAUUCUCCAUUCUCCUUAAAAUCCAGGGUUUUUCAGGGUGUUCAUACACAAUCACACACAAAGCUGGCUCAUACAAACAUAAAGCACCUUUGUUGUUGAUUUCUUUUGGUUUGUCAUUAGAUUUGUAAUAAACAGAAAGUGAAGUGACCAGGAAAAUGUUACCGAUAAGAUGAAUGUUAACUGUGUAUUCAUUGUUCAUGUGCUUUAAUGUCUGUACGACAGAUGGAUCACGUGAAAGAACAAAAACCACAACAACCUCACUUCCUGUCAUGACGUUAACAAAAAUAUUUUAGUAUCAUAUCUCAGUGUCUUUCAAUGUAAAUAUGUCCUCAUGUGUCCAUGUAUAAAGACGCAAAUGGCUUUACAUUUCCCAGAACAGGUUUGUCCUCACAUCACAGAAGAAAUCAAGGUUGUUGUUUUUUUUAAGGAACUGAAAUUUAACUCAGAAUCUUAAUACCUAUGGUGACACACAACCACGCACCAGAAAUGUUGGGAUUUAAAAGCUACGUAGCAUUUUAAUAAUUUUAUUUCCAUAAUGGCGAUGAGUUCAUCUCACCUCAUAGAACAUGUUUCUAAAGUCCAUAAUCAAACAGCAGAUUAAUCCAACAUCAACCCUGGAGUCACUGUGCAAAUAUUCACUCCCAAAAAUCCACCUAUUUUUAUUUUAAAUGUUUGGUUCCUAGUUUUGGUAGAAUAAAUCAGUGCUGUGUACGUACGGUCACAAGACCAGUCAACUGCUGUCUGACAAUGAAUUUCCUCCAUCAACCAGAGUUAAAAUAAAUCAAAUAAUCUGAACAUCGCUCUGUCCCCUGCAUUGUAUAGCAUAUCAUGUAUAGAAUAUGAAACAGACUGUCUUUAAUAAAAUGUUUCUUUUUAUA